UCUUAAUUUCAGGAUGAAGAUUUUCGUGGCGGUAGUUGCCUUUUUGAUGUCCCAGAUCACUGCCGUUUCUGCAAAAACAGUGACGUACUCGUGCACCGACGCCAAUGUAUUAACCUUAACGAUAGGAGACAGGACGAGCAGUGAUCAAGAUACGACGGCAUAUUUCGCUAGUUCAUUGGAAACUGACACUGAAUGUAUCCAAACACUUACAGCCGGCGCCACGACUGAUGUCACGUUUAUGAUAACACUCAGCACCACGGACCCCGCCAAAUGUGGCAUGGUGUUCGACAACAACACUAGUGUCUUUACUGGGACUUUGUGGAUCAAGAAAGCACUAACCAUAGUCCAGAACGGAGAUUCCUAUUCUAAUUUACAAAUCCGCUGUGAAGGGGCUGCAAGGGACGUUGAUGCCACCGUCACCGCUAUAACUGACACGUCAUCCCCCAUUCUUCCAUCUGAGGCCCAAUCAAAUGAGAAUGUUGCUAUAACAGUCGAACUGGCGGACGGUUCGGCAAUAUCUGGCGCUGUUACGAUGGCGCAACAAAUUCGCCUUCGCGUCGCACUUACAAUGCAAAGUGCACCAGUAGCAAGAGCUGUGCGGGUCAGCGAUUGUACAGUUAAACCCACUUCGUCCUCGGAUGCGAGUGUUAAACUCAUCACCGACUACUGCGGAGACAGUAGCACCGGAGUACUGGCUACCAGUCAAGGCUUUACAGGCGCAGCUUCUGCGGACGGUACCACGCAGGAGUCCAUAUCGGCUUCAUUCCCGCCAUUCCUUAUAGCCGGCCAUGAAAGUACCAAUUCAAUGUUUAUCACGUGUCGAUGCGUUUUCUGCGGGACAGCCGGCGAUACUAAGUGCGAAGGGGUAAGCUGGAGAAGGAGCUAAUUUGGGGUUUUGUCU